UCGGUUCAUUUGUUGGGGGUGGGAAUGAUGUCGUCGUCUCAUCCCGGUUCGAGUUCGGGCGCCGCGCAGGCGCUCAAUGGUCAGCAUCCGGAAUUGGCCUACGCGGACGCAGACUCCUCCGCGGGCUCCGAGGAUGAGCUGGUAACCAAGGAUCAUCAUCAUCCGGGCAGAAAACUCAGCCUCAGUGAGCGUAGAAAUGUCGAACUGCCACACCUUAGAGUGAUCAAUGAACGAACACCGGAGGAGCCAUCGGAUAGGAGUUCACCGGUGGACAAGAAUACACCGUCACCUUCGGAGGCCUUUGCUCCGGGCUUGCGUCGCAAUUCCAUAUCAAUGCCAUCGGGUAUUAAUGCCCUGGAUUUGGAGGCACUGCGUCUCAGGCAUCAGAUGCAGCCACAGGAUGCCCUGCAUGAGGAGAUUAUAGUUGAUGAUGGGGCCUCCAGCCUGGACACACCAACACCAACACCAACGGCAACAACUACGGCAUUAAAUACACCGGAUAAGGCCACAAGUUCCAUCAAUUUUGCAAAUGCCAAUGCAAGUGCCAACGAUGAUAGUGAUGAUGAGUUUGGAAAUGCCAGGAGACCAGUACAUCGCGAUCGCUUUCGUAGUCGAAGACGUGCCUCAAUUGCCCCUUUGCCCGCUUUGCGGCUCAACAGCAAGGAAAUGUUGGCCAGCGACUUUGAUAGCCACAGUUUGGCCUCCAAUCAGGCCUCCAUUACCAGUGUCAAUUCCUUGGCCAGUUUGCUCAGGGAAAAGAUGCAGGCCUUCCCUCAGCUGAUAAGGAAAAAGAAGCGGGAGACCAAGGACUAUAAGAUCAAGAUCUUUGUUAUUAUUAUGUUUUUCAUUAUCAUAUUUUUGAUUGGCUACGCCUAUGUGGCUUACCACCAGCAGGUGCUCACUCGAAGUUACUUCCAGAAGAUCAAGUUCAAUUCCCACGAUCGCAUCUUAAGGAUACUGAGUCACGAGGACAAGGAGGUGAUAUCGGGUCAGUUGGGCGUGACCUUGGGCUUUGAUACUGCUCCAUUUCACUGCCUGGAAGAGCAGCGUCGCUCCGAUGGAAGUGUUUGCAUCGAAUGGAAUGGCAUUGCUCGGUUGCAUAUGAAUUUCGAGGAUAAGGGUGUCUUCCGGUGCUACACACUCCAAUGGCAAGCUCUGACCCCAGGUCUCCUGCCCACCGAUUGCUAUGAACUGAAGCGAGAUAAUGGUCUAUGGUUUGGUGGCGGUGUGACCAAGGGUCAGGAGUGGUCACUCAGUUAUGCCAAUUUUGAUUUUGCUCCAUAUGCCUCCGGAGAUAGCAAGGUACAUCAGUUUGGAAAUGGAGUGAAGAGGUACUUUAUCAACUCGAUUGGAGUGGCCAUGCAGGUAAAUGAACGUACUCCUCUCCAACUGGGUGUUAAUCGGACGGAGAAUCGCUUCUGCCUCCGGGCUGCCAAUGAUGAGUUCACCUUUGUGAAUCACCUGACACCGCUCCCACAGCUGGAUUACCGCAUCUGUACUACAGAGGAUAUGGGGAGCCUUCACAUGCUGAUGACCCAACAAAGUCUAUGGGAUGGCCUCAAGGAGCAGGAGUUCAAGGUACUUCAUUCCCUGCUGGAGGAACCCGUGUGGCGGAUACCACAUGCCGAGACCCCAGAAUCCUUGAACGAAACAGCAAUUUGUGAUUACUCAGAGAGUGCCAUUGCCAUGGGUCUUGGUCACAUUUUGAUCAAUGAAUUUUGGCAAGAGAAUAUCGGUGAUUUUACGGUAGAUAAAACACGAUUUCCCACAAUGAAGGAUACCAUUGAUGUGCUCCAUAGACGUGGCUUCAAGGUGGUGCUCACCAUUCAGCCAUUCAUUAGCACGGAUAGUGCCAACUUCAAGGAUGCAGUGCGUCGCAAAUUGUUGAUUUACGAGCGUCAUUCGGAGCGAAGUAUUCCAGCGUUGACACGUUACAAGAGUAGCUCCAGUGCCGGUGUCCUGGAUAUAACCAAUAAUGCCUCGGUGCCUUGGCUCCUGGAGAAACUACAGCGUCUGAGAGAUGAGUAUGGAGUUCAGAGUUUCUAUCUGGAUCUGGGCACUGGUUACAAUCUACCGCAUUACUAUCAAUGUCGCCAGACUUUGGAUAAUCCGGAUACUUAUGCUAGGCUCUUUACCGAGAGCCUGGAGGGUGCUGGUCUCAUGGCUGUUUCCACAGCGAGUGUGGUGCCAAAGCCACCGACUUUCUUGAGUACACCCCCAGCGAAUGCCACCUGGGAGGGAUUGAGGGAGACCUUGGCUGCUGUACUAAAUUAUGGUGUAAUUGGGUAUCCUUUUGUCCUGCCCGGGGUCAUUGGUGGUGAUUAUCUGCUGCAACGGCCGCUCUCCAAAAUGGUGUCGUUCUACUCAUUGGGUCAGCCUCCACUUCCGGAUCCGGAACUCUUUAUUCGAUGGCUCCAACUGGCCACCUUUAUGCCGGCCAUGCAGUUUAGUCAUUUGCCAUCGGAAUAUCGCAAUGAUUUGGUCACUCGGGUGGCCCAGGAGCUGAAGGAUGUGCGUCAGACGGUGGUGAUAGCGUUGCUCAAGAAGUACCUAAGUCCAUCGAUGAAUGAGGGUUUGCCCCUGGUUCGACCCCUGUGGAUGAUGGACCCCCAUGAUCCCGCCUGUCUGAUUGUCAGCGAUGAGUUCUCCGUUGGCGAGGAGCUUAUCGUGGCACCCAUUCUGCAUGCAGGUCGCGAGGAGAGAGAGGUUUAUCUGCCGCAGGGCGUGUGGAAGGAUGGCAUCGAUGGCUCCCUGCGCAAGGGCAGCCGCUGGAUGCAUGGCUAUCGUGUGCCCAAGGAUAAGAUUGCCUAUUUCCGGAAAAUGCCGGAUAAUACCCGAUUCUAGGAGGCAUCUGCCUCAUCCAUUCUUCCCAUGUGAUCAUCAUUCCUCAUUUGAAUUGAUUAACCCUUAAAAAUCAUAUAUAUUAUUUAAUAGC